AUGGAAUAAGAAGUUGGAAAAAUUUGUUUAGUAGAAGUGCCUAUAGAAAAGACAUUUCUUUUUUAAGAUUAAAUUACAAUAGAUAAAAACCUUACAACAUUAAGAGAAGGAUUAUCUUAUAGAUUAGCUCAAAGUUUUAUGCAUCCCCAAUAAAAAUUAUUCAUUGUUUGUCCACCUUCAUAUGCUCUUAAAGAAUUGGAUACAAAAAUAAAUAAUAAAACACUUUUUGAUGGAAAAGGUUAUAUCAAAGCAGUACCAAAAGCUGACUAUCCAUCUCUUGUUGGAUAAUAAUCAGGUAUGAGAAGUGCUAUUAUUUAAUAAAAUGGAAAAAGAUAUAGGUUAAAGGGUUGUGGUAAUGGGAAUGAUGGUUUUACAUUGAGAAAAUUUGAAGGUGACAUUGAGAAUGCAUUUGAAAUAAGAGGAUGUUGUUUUGAUCAUACUGUAAAAAGAGAACUCUUUAUGAAUAGAAAGAUUGAAUAGAUAUUAAAAAAAUACAAUAUUGAAACUGGUAAUAUUAGUAUUGGUUAUUGGUAAUAUGGAGAUAUUGAAUCAAUUAAUUAAAAUUUAGAGAAGAACUUACAAAAUCAAAUACCCUUAGUUCCAAAAUAUUGUGGUAUUUAUGAGACAAUAGGUGAUUUCAGACUUGGAACCCAUUUACUUUAAGGUCUUAGAUUGAUUGUAAAUUCCAAUAUAGCUGAUUGGUGUGUAGAUGACAUUAGAAGGUUGGUUACAGUUUAAUCAAGGAUUGUAGAAAAUAGAAAGUCAUUAAAUGGAAAUCCAUGGGAUCUUAAUAAUACACAGUAUAGAGAGAGACCAGAGGGUACAAUAUUAUAAGAGGAUGAUUAUCAAAAUAAUAGAGUAUUUGAUUGGGAAAAAGAAAAAGAUAAUAUAAACAUUAUUGAAAAUUUAAUAGGAAAUUCAAUGCUAUAAAAUAUAAGUAUACUUUAUUAAAGAAUUGGUUAUGAAGUAGGUAAAAUAAAAAGAAUAUUUAUUGACAAUGAUAUCAGUUGGGGAUAUUUUAGAGAUCAUAGUAAAUUUUAUUAUCAUAGUAAUGCACAUUUAGAUAAUUUUGUUAUAAUAUAGAAUGGAUCUAAUGUACUUGCUCCAGUAGAUUUUGAUCUUGCUUUCUGGUAUUGAUUAUUAUAAUUUAUUAGUAAAGAAGAAUUCAUUAACAUUGAUAUUGAUUUUGAUGCUUAAAGCGCUAAUUCUUCAGAGUUUUCAGAAAAUAAGAAUUAUGGAAAAUUUGAUUUAGAACAAUGGUUAUUUUAUCAAGAUCAAGAAAGAAUUGGUUUAGAAUUAGCAAUAGGAGGAAUGGAUAUGAUUUUAGCAAGUCAUAUGUUUAUAGAAAAAUAAAAAACAGAUGUUGAAGAGUUUUUUGAAAUACUAUUAAGAGAUUAAAUGAGAAUUGGAUAUUUGGAGGGAAUGUAAUUAAAAGAAGAUUCUAGUUUAUUUUAUUAAAGAAUGGAUAAAAUACAAGAUAUAAUUAAAGAAGCAUUAAAUUUGACCCAAUAAAUUGUUUCUUGA